GGAGAGAAGCCUUACAAAUGUAAUCAAUGUGGUAAAGCCUUUACAAAAAACAGUCAGCUCAUACGGCAUAAAAGAACACAUACUGGAGAGAAACCUUAUGAAUGUAACCAGUGUGGUAAAGCCUUUGCAGAAAACAGUCAUCUCAUAAGCCAUAAAAGAACACACACUGGAGAGAAACCAUAUGAAUGUAAUGAGUGUGGCAAAGCCUUUGCACAAAACCGUAAUCUCAUAAGCCAUAAAAGAACACACACUGGAGAGAAACCUUAUGAGUGUAACCAGUGUGGUAAAGCCUUUGCAGAAAACAGUCAUCUCAUAAGCCAUAAAAGAACACACACUGGAGAGAAACCAUAUGAAUGUAAUGAGUGUGGCAAAGCCUUUGCACAAAACCGUAAUCUCAUAAGCCAUAAAAGAACACACACUGGAGAGAAACCUUAUGAGUGUAACCAGUGUGGUAAAGCCUUUGCAGAAAACAGUCAUCUCAUAAGCCAUAAAAGAACACACACUGGAGAGAAACCAUAUGAAUGUAAUGAGUGUGGCAAAGCCUUUGCACAAAACACUAAUCUCAUAAGCCAUAAAAGAACACACACUGGAGAGAAACCUUAUGAGUGUAACCAGUGUGGUAAAGCUUUUGCAAAAAACAGUCAUCUCAUAAGCCAUGAAAGAACACACACUGGAGAGAAACCUUAUGAAUGUAACCAGUGUGGUAAAGCCUUUGCACGAAACAAUCAUCUCUUAAGUCAUAAAAGAACACACACUGGAGAGAAACCUCAUGAAUGUAAUCAGUGUGGUAAAGCCUUCGCACAUAACAGUACUCUCAUACGGUAUAAAAGAGCACACACUGGAGAGAAGCCUUACAAAUGUAACCAGUGUGGCAAAGCCUUUGCAGAAAACAGUACUCUCUUAAGCCAUAAAAGAACACACACUGGGGAGAAACCUUAUGAAUGUAAAGAGUGUGGUAAAGCCUUUGAACGCAACAAUAAUCUCAUAAGCCAUAAAAGAACACAUACUGGAAAGAAACCU